AGCUUCCUAAGUUGUUUUUCUCUUCCUUUUCUUCUCUCUGCCCAAACUUUUCUUUUCUUAAAACUCUUUAUUACCUUAUUUCCUCCAAACCUUGAACUACCAUCUCUUUACUUUACUUCCAUAAAAAAAAAGUAGCUUAGCUAGCUAGUUUCAUAUACCAAUCAACAUGGUGCUUGAAAUUUGUGGUGGGUUUUUUCAAAAAGUUUCCAUUUUUUGUUGAAGGUUAAGUGCUAAGUAGUAGAGAGUAGAGAACAUGCCAUCAACAACACCUAGCUAGUUCUUCAACUCAAAAACCAAACAAGAAAAAAUUAGAAACUAGAAAACAAAAAUACAAAACCCCUCAAAAGUAAAUCUCCACCACCACAACCUAGAUCCUUUCCUAUCUCUCUCCUUUCCUUCUUUUCAAUUUUCAAACAAUCUAGGGUUGUGACUUUUUGAAGAUAUUGAUCUUGAUUAUAUCAUCUAGAGAAGAAAAAAAAAACAAAUCAUGGAUCAAGUAGCACAAGGUCGUCCUCUUCCACCUCCAUUUCUCACUAGAGACCUUCAUCUUCAUCCUCACCAUCAAUUUCACACCAACCACCAAACCAAUGAAGAGGAACAACAAAGUGGCAAUGGGAGCUUAAGCCGAGGCCAAAAAAGAGAACGAAACAACGAAGACGGCAACAACACUCCCACCGGAGGAGAAGGAAAAGACGACGGUGGUAGCGGAAGUGCUGGUGGAGGAAGUGGUGGUGAGAUGGGAAGAAGACCAAGAGGAAGACCAGCAGGUUCGAAAAACAAACCAAAACCACCUAUCAUCAUCACGAGGGACAGCGCGAACGCACUCCGAUCCCACGUGAUGGAAGUUGCAAAUGGAUGUGACAUCAUGGAAAGUGUGACGGUCUUUGCGCGAAGGAGGCAGCGUGGUGUCUGCAUCCUUAGCGGAAGUGGGACCGUCACAAACGUGACUCUCCGUCAACCAGCAUCGCCUGGUGCGGUAGUCACACUUCAUGGAAGAUUUGAGAUAUUAUCAUUAUCUGGCUCUUUCCUGCCGCCGCCUGCUCCACCAGCGGCGUCAGGAUUAGCCAUAUAUCUAGCUGGUGGACAAGGACAGGUCGUCGGUGGUAGCGUGGUGGGACCGUUGUUAGCUUCCGGUCCGGUUGUUAUCAUGGCAGCUUCCUUUGGAAAUGCUGCUUAUGAAAGGCUACCUUUAGAAGAUGAAGAAACACCAGUGAAUGUGCCAGGAAAUGGAGGGUUAGGGUCACCGGGAACCAUGGGAAGUCAACAACAACAGCAGCAGAACCAGCAACAGCAACAACUUGUAGCAGAUCCUAAUGCUUCAUCACUUUUCCAUGGAGUUCCUCAAAAUCUUCUCAAUUCAUGCCAAUUACCAGCUGAAGGUUAUUGGGGUGGAAGUGCUCGUCCUCCUUUUUAACCAAAAAUGUUAUUCACUUAAUCACUUUUCUCAUCAUGUUUUUCGUUUAAUCUUUGUUUUUUUUUUUCUUCAUCUUAUUUUGUUUUGUUCACCUUUUUUUUAAUUUUACUUUCUCUUUAUCUAUCACUUGUUCAUUCUCCUUAUAACUUAGUUUAAAUUGAAGACUUUUCUUUGAUCAUGGUAUUAAGUUGACUACUUGAUGAUGUUGAAUUGAAAGAAGGAUGUAUAAAUUCAUGAAUUUUUUGUGGGGUUUGAAUUUUA